AUGCCUUAUGUUCCUUUUCAAGAAACAAUAGCGGAUGACUCUUCUCGUCUCGUUACUAGGCACGAAACGUUAAUCCAUUGUCCCGAACCAAUUACCCAUAGUGAGGAUAACAUGGUCCAUUUUAUUUCAAGCGAUUGUGAAGCGGUAACGCCCGUAACUAGACUUCUGUUGAGCGUAGGCCGAAUCGACUUAAAGGAAUUAGAUGACACAAAACCUAAAAAGGGUCAAGUACUCGUAACUCCUAGAAAAAGAACAAAAACGUACACAAUUGUUCUGAAUAAUAGACAUUCUGACCGGGUAACAGAAAAAGAUAUUGAAAGUGGAUUAAUAAAUGUAAAGACAGUACUAAAACGUGAUCAUAUAGAAUCUUUUCGAAUUUCUCGUUAUGGAAAUUUCAGUAUCGAACCAUCGCGUAACACUUUAUCGGAUCUUACCACUGCCGGUCAUAAAGGCCUAACUAGAACAUACAGACGGAUUAAAAGCCGAUUUUAUUGGCCCAAUUUACGAAGAGAUAUCACAGAAUUCAUUCGACGAUGUCCUGAAUGCGCUGAACAAAAACUUACCCGAAUAAAAACUAGAGAGCCGAUGAUACUUACCGAUACACCAUUAGAAGUGUUUGACAAGGUUUCCCUCGACACUGUUGGAGUUUUACCCACUACCCCGAACGGUAACAGACAUAUCCUAACGAUACAAGAUCACCUGAGCAAAUAUUGCCUAGCAGUAGCCAUACCAGAUAGUAGCGCAAACACUAUAGCUCAUGCACUUGCGACGAAUCUUUUCGCAGUAUAUGGAGCCCCAAAAUGUAUCUUAACUGAUCGCGGAAAAGCCAUUGUUAGUACACGGGGAAAAGAGAAACGUUGGGUUAAUGCCGUUUUCCGAUUGGUUCAACGUCAGUGGGCCCUGUCACGAUUUCGGCAUUGA